UCUGUUAGCAACGGUUUAUGCCAAACUUAAUAAAUCCAAGUUUGUGAAAAUAUUGAAAUCACUCCAGAUCAAACCGACCAACAUAAACAGAAAUCAUGUCGGACCGUAAAGCAGUGAUUAAAAAUGCGGAUAUGGCGGAAGAUAUGCAGCAAGACGCUGUCGAUUGCGCUACACAGGCACUCGAGAAAUACAACAUUGAGAAAGAUAUUGCCGCUUACAUCAAAAAGGAGUUUGACAAAAAGUACAACCCAACCUGGCAUUGUAUUUGUGGCAGAAACUUUGGAAGUUAUGUAACUCAUGAAACGAAGCAUUUCAUUUAUUUCUACCUUGGACAAGUAGCAGUCCUGCUGUUUAAAUCUGGAUAAACAUUCAAAUUGCUGCAUUUCACUUUUACCACAAAAGUUCUGAUAUUGCUGGCUACACAACUUCACAUUUUUUAUGUUUAUUUUAUUUUUAGAUCUAUUUUGGUGCCCAAUAUAAUGUAACUACUUUGUCAGCAUGUUUCUGUUAUAAAGAACCUGGUGCUGAGAAAAAGCUACUUAUCGCAAAUAAAAGUGUUUUGUAGCAAAGUUAUUGAAAUGUUAUUCAAAUUUAUUGGACAGGAAUAAAUAAUAUUGGAGUUUUA